AAUGCCCGAGUACAUCAAGCAAGUUGCAAUCACUGGGGACAUUUCCAGAAUAGGAACUGAUGAUGACCUGAUCCGAGCCUGGUGCUCCGAAGUGGCCAAGGAAAUUUAUGAGCAAAAGUGUGAAUUUGCUGUUGUCCACGUUCAAGGUCUUCACUCGGCUGAAAAUCCAGAUUAUGCUGCAAGAGUUAUUUGUGGAUGCAUCACUGAUAAUCCAGAAAUCUACAGAGCUUUUGAUAGCUCUAUGGCAUUUUUUGAUACCAAAUUAACUGGUCUUGGAAACCUGUAUCUUUUCAAGAAUCACUCAGAUAUACAGUACUACGAUAGAUUUUCUUCAACUGGGUACAUUAAUGUUCGUUCUGGGCAUCAACAUUCAAUUGGUUCCAAUGAAUGUGAUGGAUUCAUUCAGAAUACAUUUGGACAAAACUACACUUUUAGAAGAGAUUUUUAUAAUGAUGAUGGAACUCGUGAUUUGGCAAAUCAAAGAACUGGAUUUCUAUUAGCCAGAUUUCGAAUUCACGGAAAAGAGUUAACAUUUGUUAAUCUAAAUCUGCACUCUGUUCCAUUCGAAGAUGUAAAUGAGAUUGCAACAAAGAAUUCCAGUAUUACAAAAGCAGCAUCAAAAAGGGAACAACAAAUUGAAAUGCUUUUAAAAGAAUUGGAUGAAGAAGGUCUUCGAAACGAUGCAAUCCUUGUCGCUGGAUCCUUCAAUUCUCAACUCCAUGAAACUGAUCUUUUGAAUUAUUUGGCAAAAACUCAAUUGGUUCAAACUGUUGCAAAGAAAGAUGAAGAUGGAAAUGUUGAAUCAAUUGAGCACGUUGAUCGGCAUGGAAGAAGAACAACCACUGUUGAGAGAACUCGAUUUGAUCUACAUUCAAUUCAUGAUUGGUUCUUCCGAUUGGGAAGAGGACAAAUGGUUAAAAGAUAUAAUGGAGAAUUGGCUAAUAUUGCAUUCAAAGGAAAUUUGAAAGAGGAGACAUGCUUCUUCCAGCCUUCUCGUCAUUACGAGCUUAACGACAGUGGGAAAGAAGAGUUUCAGAGGACUCUUUGCCCAGCAUGGAGUGACAGAAUUUUGUAUAACGAUCGGAUGAAUGAACUUUUCAAGCACGAUUCUUUCUGUGCAUCUGGACUGUACUAUGGUCUUGUUGCUGAAGAGAAGUUUGUUGGUCCUCACAAGCCAGUCGCGCUUCAUGCUUCCAUUUGCUUGAAAUAAAAUUUAUAUUUUCACUGUCUUCAUCUAUAUUUGUUUUUUGAUUUUGAAUUUAAUUGAAAUUUGUCGGCGCUAAUAAACUUUUUUUUAGAUCG